AUGGAGAUUGAUGGGCAGCAGCAGCAGCAGCAGCAAGGAGUCGGCGCUGCCCUGCCUGACGGCUUCAACACCGACUACCUCCGAAUCUACUACGCAAAGCUCUUCCCGUAUGGUGAUUUCUUCAAGUGGCUCUCCUAUGGAAAUGAUGCGAAGCAUCCAGGAUGUGAUCAGUCAUACAUUGGUCGUCGAGAGCUUUCGUUCACGCUGGAGAACGACAUCUAUCUGCGGUUCCAGUCCUUUGACAGUCCAGCUGAAUUUGAGAGUUCUAUCAAAGAGAAGUGCCCUUUCAAGAUUGACAUUGGACCUGUCUACAGUGUAGACCCCGCAAAGCGACACGCUUAUGCCCAGUCUGGCAAUAAUGUCUUCGUACCAGUGGAGAGAGAACUCAUUUUCGAUAUUGAUAUAUCUGAUUAUGAUGAUGUUCGGUACUGCUGCUCUGGAGCCGACACAUGUCUGGAUUGCUGGCCAUUAAUGACCAUUGUUAUCAAAAUCCUGGAUGCUUCACUUAGAGGUGAUUUUGGUUUCAAUCACAUACUGUGGGUGUAUAGUGGCCGCCGUGGUGUCCAUUGCUGGGUUUGUGAUAGUAGAGCAAGAAAGCUCACCAAUGAACAAAGAUCUGCAAUUGCCGACUACUUCCGUGUCUAUAAGGGUAAUGAGAAUGCAUUAAAGAAGGUGUCGCUGAUUGGGCCUGUCCUCCACCCUUUCCUUGCACGGUCAUACACUGAUGUUCUAAAAUGCUUCUUCGAAGACAAACUAUUACAUAGCCAGCAACUAUUGGCGUCAGAAGAGAGAUGUCAGAAGAUACUUGAGCUUAUUCCUGAUGAAAAUGUUGCUAGUGAGCUCCAUGACCGAUGGCAAGGAAAUAGACGGUCUUCUAUUUCGAAGGAAGAUGUAAAUACAGCAAGAUGGGAGCAGUUAAAGACAACCUUGCAGUCAGGAAAACAUAAGACCCAGGGGCUCCGCAGAUGUGUAGAAGAGAUUGUCUUCUCUUACACGUAUCCUAGACUUGACAUGGAGGUGUCAAAACACAUGAAUCAUUUACUGAAAGCCCCCUUCUGCAUACAUCCAAAGACAGGACGUGUCUGUGUUCCAAUCGAUCCCAACAAUUGUGACGAUUUUGAUCCUUCGGCUGUUCCAACUCUAUCACAGCUGUUAGGAGAGCUCAAUGCUGCUGGUAUGCAGAUGGAUUCUGAGAGCGAUUGGGAGAGAACAUCCCUUGAGAAAUCCAUCAGAUUUUUCAGAACAUCCUUUCUGCAACCAAUGCUGAAAGCUUGCAAGGAGGAACUGGAAAGUGCUUAUAGCGCGAAGCUCCAGCAGUCCAAGAAUACCUUGAACUGGUAAUAUUUUCCAUACACAAGGGCAGCAAUGCCGCCUCAAGCAUC